AUGUUCAAGUCCGCCCUCGCUCUUGCUGCGUUCGUCGCUUCAGCGGCUGCCCACUACACCUUCCCCUCACUCGUCGUCAACGGCACGACGACCCCCGCCUGGAUUAACGUUCGCCAGACGAACAACUACAACACCCAAGCGCCCGUCACCGACGUCACCUCCGCCGACUUCCGCUGCUACGACUCCGAGACGGACCCGACCGUGGAGACGAUCACCGUCGCCGCGGGCACCGAGAUGGGAAUCAUGUCCGACGGCACGAUCUACCACCCGGGCGUCGUGAACGUCUACAUGGCCAAGGCCGACGGCGACGUCAGCGACUUCGCGGGUGACGGUUCCGUCUGGUUCAAGGUCUACCAGAUCACCGCCGUCACCGACGGGGGCUCGAGCAUCGCCUUCCCGGCUGAGGGUAUCCCGGGUGUGACCUUCACGCUCCCUGCGGCGCUCCCGACCGGCCAGUACCUGGUCCGCAUGGAGGCGAUCGCGCUCCACGUCGCGCAGACGUUCGGCGGCGCGCAGUUCUACAUCUCGUGUGGCCAGGUCAACGUCGUCAACGGCGGCAGCGGCACGCCCGGACCCCUCGUCGCCAUCCCUGGUGUCUACACUGGCUACGAGCCCGGCAUCCUCAUCAACAUCAACUACCCCAUCCCCACCAACUACACUCAGCCUGGUCCCGCCGUGUGGUCUGGGUGA